AUGGCUGUUGCAUAUAUAUUCGACGAGGAGGUUGGAAUGUUCCAUUACGGGCCUAGGCAUCCCAUGAAGCCGUUUAGAAUGGUGGUUACACACUCUCUAGUGAAGUCGUUUGGCCUUGACAAAAAGAUGACGAUAGUCAAACCGGCACUCUUUCCUCUGACAUAUCACCCAAAGGAGUAUCUUGAGAAUCUCGGGAAGAAUGAAACACCGGACUGCCCAAACUUCAUUGGCCUUUCUAGAUUCUGCGAGCUGUAUGGAAGUGCCUCUAUAAACUCGGCAAUGAUCCUCUCUGAAGGAAGAUAUGACACAGUUAUUAAUUGGAGCGGAGGUCUCCAUCAUGCACAUAAAGCGGUUCCCAGCGGAUUCUGCCAUGUAAAUGAUAUUGUGAUGGCGAUUCUGGAGCUUCUCAAGACAUAUCAGAGAGUUAUGUAUAUAGAUAUAGAUGUUCACCAUGGAGAUGGAGUGGAGGAAGCCUUUUUGGAAUGUGAUCGAGUGCUGACACUUUCCUUCCACAAGUACGGAGACGGCUUCUUUCCCGAGACAGGAACUCUGGUCACAACAGGACACAGGGCUGUGAAUGUUCCUCUCCUAUCAGGAAUUGAUGAUGCAAGUUACAGAUACAUUUUCGAGCCUAUUGUGGAGUCUUGUGUUAAGAAGUUCUCUCCAGAUGCAAUUGUCCUGCAGUGCGGAGCAGACUCCUUGGGUGAGGACAGGCUAGGAUGUUUUAAUCUCUCUAUAGAGGGCCAUGCAUCUUGUGUCCGGUUUGUGAGUUCUCUCGGAAUUCCUCUGCUCUGUCUAGGAGGUGGAGGAUACACCCUGACGAAUGUUGCCCGAUGUUGGGCAUAUGAGACAGCUGUUUUGUGUGGAGAGGAUCCGAUUACGGAUAUUCCUGCAGACAAUCCCUUCUACACGUAUUUCAGUCCGUCGUAUGUGGUUAAUCCUGUGUUCAAAAGGAAGUAUGUCAAUAGAAACGAUAGGGAGUACUUGGACAUGGUUAUGAGUUUCAUUCUUGACAAAGUAGACAAGUUUUAA